AUGACGACAGCAAGCGUAGAGGAUCAGACGGAUCGGCUGCUGAACCUGACGAAGGAUGUGUCCCCUCUCAACUCCUCCCAGGUGGCCCAGCUGGUGACCCAGCUGGAGAACCUGCUGUCUGGGCCCAACAUCAGCCUGGCCCUGGGCCGCAGGCUGGUCACCAUCAUCAGCAAUCUGCUCAAUGCCUCCGCAGACACCCUGGCAUCCUCCUCCACCAGGAUAAUCAGGGCGGUAGAAACGUUGGGGCUGAAGCUGGAGGUGCAGGGGGAGACAGAGAUCAUCACGGCUACAUCGCUUGCUCUGGCCGUGAAGAAAGUGGAUGGCGCCAACUUCAAGGAGACAUCCUUCUCCAUCGCAGACCAUUCCAAUCUGCAGCGUGGCUCUCACAGCAGUGCAAGGGCAACGGAACCCGGAUCCACCCUGGGCUCCAUCACACUGCCUGCCUCCCUGACUGACGGCCUGACCCCAGAGGAGCAGCUGCAAGCCUCCAGAGUCCAGUUCAACUUCUACCAGAAGAGCACCGUGUUCCAGGAUCGAGCCCUUGGCCAGCGGAGGCUGAACAGUGAUGUUCUGGGUACAAGUGUGGCCAACCUGUCAAUCAGCGGACUGAGGGAAAACGUGGUCUUCACUCUGCAAAACAAAAAUGACCCGGAGGACUUCACUGUCUCUUGUGUGUUCUGGGACUUCAGCCUCAAUGAUGGAUCAGGAGGCUGGAACCCUGACGGCUGCUCUGUUCAGAACACGACAGAGGAGGAGACCGUCUGCAGCUGUAACCAUCUCACCAACUUCGCUGUGCUUUUGGACAUUUCCAGAGAAGGCAUAACAGACCACCUGCACGACACCAUCCUGACUUUCAUCACCCACAUCGGCUGUGGAAUCUCCGCCAUCUUCCUCUCUGUCACUCUGCUCACCCAUUUGACCUUUGAGAAUCUGCGGAGGGACAUCCCCUCCAAGAUCCUGAUCCAGCUGUGUAUGGCACUGCUGCUGCUCAACCUGGUCUUCCUGCUGGACUCGUGGCUGGCGCUGUACCCGAGCGCCGUGGGCCUCUGCAUCUCCACCGCCUUCUUUCUGCACUACUUCCUGCUCGUCUCCUUCACCUGGAUGGGCCUGGAGGCCUUCCACAUGUACCUGACCAUCGUCAAGAUCUUCAACGCCUAUCUGUCCAAACAUAUGCUCAAGUUCUCCCUCUUCGGUUGGGGUGUCCCUCUCAUUGUCGUCAUCACUGCGAUCGCGAUCAGCAAAGACAACUACGGCCUCAUCUCCUAUGGGUCUACAGAUGAUUUCUGCUGGCUGAAGAAUGACAUUGCCUUCUACGUUGCGGUGGUGGCCUACUUCUGCCUGAUCUUCGUGGUGAACCUGGCCAUGUUCGUGAUGGUGAUGGUGCAGCUUUACCAGAUCAAGCAGCAGAACCCCCAUAAUUUCCAGCACCGCAGCAGGCUACAGGAUCUGCGCAGUGCAGCUGGACUCACCGUCCUCCUGGGCCUGACCUGGGGCUUCGCCUUCUUCGCCUGGGGACCUGUUAAACUGGCCUUCAUGUACCUGUUUGCCAUCUUCAACUCUCUGCAGGGUUUCUUCAUCUUCACGUUUCACUGCUUGAUCAGGAAAGAAGUGCGUAAGACCUGGAGGACCUACCUGUGCUGUGGCAAACUGCAGCUUGAAGAACGGAGCUAUGUCGCCGUGCAGAACCCCAUGCAGAAGAAUUCAGUGAUCGCUGCAGCCUCCUUCCACUCCGCCAGCUCCACGCUGUCCAGCAGCACCUCCAGCACCCACUCCCCGGGCAGCAACGCUGCAGCCAAGCCCGACCGCUGA